GCACUAUAUUACGCCUAGCGCGCUCACGUGCCUCCGCAAUUCACAUUCAGGGGCCAGUCGCAGCAACACAACGUGGUACUCAUCCACUUCCACGACGCGCGCAUGGGUGCUCCUCAAGACGAGGCUCUCAAAGAGCCAUCGGCAGUCAAGAUUGUCGAGAAGCCUCCAUCGGACUGGGAAACCCCUGAGGAGGGCACCUCUAAGAAAUUCCGGAUCCCAAUCGGCGGACUCGCUGCUGGGUGGGCCAUUGCGGAUCGCUUUGACCGGCUGCUCCCGCCCCACAAGCGCUAUCUGGGGCGUAGCCGGCGGACGUUUCUCGUCUGCGUUGGGGUUGUUUUUGUUGUUGUGUUGGCGCUUGUGAUUGGGUUGUCUGUUGGGUUGACGAGAAAAUCAUCGAAACCACGGAACCUUCCAUUGCCUACUGGAGCUGAAACCUUCACGGGUGACUUGACGUAUUAUGACCCUGGCCUUGGCGCAUGUGGCAUAGCAUCCACAGCCAACGACGACAUUGUCGCCAUAUCGCACUUCACAUUCGAUGCGGUGCAGACGGGAUCAGACCCGAAUCAAAACGUGCUAUGUGGACGGCGGAUACGAGCGCAAAGAGCCAACAAUGGCAAAACAGUCAGUGUUGAUCUGACUGUUGUAGACCGAUGCACGGGAUGUAAACCUACCGAUAUCGAUGUCAGUCCAUCUGCGUUCGACAAGCUUGCGCAGCGUGACUUGGGGAGAGUGCCUGUGACCUGGGCAUGGCUAUGAAGAUCGUCUUCUUGGGUGACUCGCAACGGGCUGUACCGUGCCUUUUUGAUUUAUCUUCUUCUGAUACCCCUUGAGUAUUUGAUGCGUUGCAGCGUGUAUGGAGGCUUUUGUAUAAACUCUUCUUACCUGUAUAUUCUUCAUUUAUACUCAACGAAUUCUUCCACUAGCAACGAAUGCUCCCAAUUUAAGCCGCUUUCAAUUUUCUAGUGUUAUUCCUCUUACCUCCGAUCUAGUGUCCCUACUCACUGUGCAUGCAUUCACGGAUCUUG